AUGAGCCACAAGAACGGAAAACUUGCAGCUCUUGAAGCGCUCAAGCUCGCUAGGCAAGGAGGGCGCCGUGAAUACAAGGAGGAAGAAGAUGUAACAAUAUACGACGAAGUUUCGGAGGAGGCGUAUAAGAGGAUUGUAAAAGGGAGGCUUCAACGAGACGACUUUGUCGAAGAUGAUGGUGUAGAUGGUUAUGCGGAUAAUGGAAUGGACGACUGGUCUGACGAAGAUGAGGGAUAUCGCGAUUCGGACGUGGAAAUGGAAGAAACUAAGAAGAAGAAAUCCAAGAAGAAUUCGAAAGAGAAAUCAAAAACCAAGGCCAAAGCUCCUGCUCCACCACCAGUAGCGCCAUCCUUCAAUGACUAUCGAAAGAAGGUCACAGCUGAUCAAGAGAACGAUUUUAUGUUGAAUCUCUUUGGAGAACUCGACGCCCUGCCAACUAAUGCUCCAUCUCUUACCAAGUCGCGCAAACGGAAGACAUCUCCGGAUUACGACACUUCCGGAAAUUCAUCCCCAGCACCAUACCGGAAAAGACCAUCAUACACAGACGCCUCAUCUGAUGGGCCAGACGACUUUUAUGGAGCUCCUUCUAGCGACGACUUCCUCUCAAGUCCGCGGAAACGCGUUAAGACAGAACCCGAAGGCCUCCUUCCCGCGACAGAGCGCCUGGCUCAGAUCGAUGUGAAGACAGACGAAGACGACUUUCCAGGUGAUGAGUCGUUCGACGAUAUCGAUAUGGACGCGUUCAUGGCGGUAGAAGAUGAUGUUGAUAUGAAACCGGUCGCGUCUGUUCCUGUGGAAACCCCCGGAAUGGAACACCUGGACGAAAAGAAACCCGCGUCGUGGCUCGCGGUAUACGAUUCACUUACCGUGUCUUCCGAAGACCCUCUUGGACCUCUGGCCACUAAUACUUCCUCAAUAAAGUCUUCCGACGUAUCUGCGCUCGAGCCUGACGGCUCGUUGCGGUUCUUCUGGGUCGAUUAUCUCGAGCAUCAAGGUGAGCUUUUCUUCAUAGGAAAGCUCAAGGAUAAAAAAUCUGGUGCCUGGGUUUCAUGUUGUGUUGCUGUGAAGAACUUGGAACGAAACCUUUUCAUUCUUCCGCGCGAAAAACGCGCGGAGCAGGGGGAAGACGACGAGUGGUAUGACACGGAUGAGGUGCCUGAGCUGACAGACGUAUACAAGGACUUUGAUGCUAUACGGUCCAAACGGGACAUUAAGAAGUUCAAAGGCAAAUUUGUCGAACGCCAGUACGCGUUCGGGGAUCCAAACAUUCCGAGGAAGAAGACUACAUGGAUGAAAGUCGCAUACCACUUCACUGACAAGGAAAUACCUAGCGACGCUCAAAGCCCUAAUAUUGCCAAGAUAUUUGGGACCAACACCUCCGCCUUUGAACUACUUGUUCUCAAGAGGAAGAUUAUGGGUCCUUGCUGGAUUCAGAUUCGGAAUCCACAGAUCGACAACGCUGGAGUGUCGUGGUGCAAGCUUGAGGUCGUUGUGGACGACCCAAAGGAUUUCAACCCCGUAUCAGACUCCGAUGACAAUGUACCGAAAGAAACACCACCGUUGAACGUUAUGAGUCUCAGCGUGCGUACUAUUGUCAACCAUCGAGAAAAUAAACGGGAAGUCGUUUGUGUAGCUGCUCGGACAUGGCGUGAUAUGAUCAUCGAUGGUACCACACCCCCUGAGCAUCUUCCUUGCACCGUUCAGACUUUUGUCCGCCCAUUGGACAAUUUCCCAUCCGGGUUUGAAGCUUCCGCCAGGGCUAAUGGUAAAGGAUUUAUCUCACCGAUGAAGAAUGAACGCAUGCUGCUUAACGCUCUACUUGUUUCCAUUCAAAAAAACGAUCCUGAUAUCAUCGUUGGCCAUGAUUUCCUCGGUGUCUCGCUGGACGUCCUGCUACAUCGCAUGCGAGAUUUGAAAGCCGACCACUGGUCUCGCAUCGGUCGGUUUAGGCGCUCGGCUUGGCCUCGCAUAGGAAAACAGGGGACGAAUAUUAAAUUUCUCACUGGCAGGAUGUUGUGUGAUCUAAGUAGUGAUGCAGCUAAGAGUAUGAUUACUUCCACCACCUGGUCCCUGACGGAGAUGUGCAAAUCUCAGUUGAAGAGCGACAGAGAGGAGAUCGAUCCGGAUGACACGGCUAGCUACUUUGAUGGUAGCAUCCGUAAUCCCGAUCGGCUCAUGACAUUCGUCCGCCACUGCGAACUCGAUGCUCACUACCACAUGGCUAUCGCUGCCAAAGUCCAGAUUCUGCCUCUCACGAAACAAUUGACAAACCUCGCUGGGAACUCAUGGAACAAGACACUCAACGGUGGUCGGGCAGAGCGAAAUGAGUACAUUCUUUUACACGAGUUCCAUCGACUCAAAUUUAUUUGCCCCGACAAGUCUUGGGGUAAAAAGGCGGCGCCAGUCAAGGUGGAACCCGUGGAAGACGACCCAGAAGCACAGAAAGAUGCACCAAAGGGAAAGAACGGCAAGAAGGACAAGUACAAGGGCGGCUUGGUUCUAGACCCACGGAAAGGCCUAUGGAAUAGUUAUGUGUUGGUCAUGGACUUCAAUUCCCUAUACCCCAGUAUCAUACAAGAAUAUAACAUCGACUUUACAACGAUAGACAAGACAGAUGUUGAGGAAAUUGAUGCAGGUGAAGAGGGACAACUAGAUCUACCAGGGAGUGAUGUGCCUCAGGGCGUUCUACCUCGAAUCAUUGCCACGUUGGUCAAUCGGCGUAAGCAGGUCAAAUCGCUAAUGAAAGAUCGAACUGCGACGGAUGCCCAACUAGCUCAGUGGGAUAUUAAACAGAAGGCAUUGAAGCUCACAGCAAACAGUAUGUACGGAUGCCUGGGAUUCGAAUACUCUCGAUUCUACGCCCGCCCGCUUGCUGCAUUAACUACACAUAUGGGUAGAGAGAUUCUCCAGCAUACUAAGGAACUCGCGGAAACCAUGCACCUCGAUGUUCUGUAUGGUGAUACCGAUUCUCUUUUCGUCAACUCUAACGCUUCCGAGCUUUCUGAGGCCCUUCGGAUUUCGAAUGAAUUCAAGAAGGUGGUCAACGAGCGUUACAGAAAACUUGAAAUCGAUCUUGACGCGAUUUUCCAACGUUUGCUGCUGCUGCAGAAGAAGAAAUAUGCAGCAGUAAAGGUGGAGAAUGGAGCUGAAACCUCGAUUGAAGUGAAGGGCUUGGAUAUGAAGCGUCGAGAGUAUUGUACAUUGUCGAAGAACGUGUCUCAAUUCGUGCUAGAACGAAUUCUAUCUGGAGAAGCUACCGAAAUAGUAGUCGAACAAAUUCAUGAUUAUCUGACUAGUGUUGGGGAAAACGUACGCGGAGGAACAUACCAAUUGGAUGCAUAUGUGAUUAACAAGCGACUCGGUAAAAACCCAGAAGACUAUCCGAAGGCAGAGGGGCAGCCCCAUGUCCAGGUAGCUUUGAAGAUGAAGGCUAAGGGUGGCAAUGCUCGUGCAGGGGAUGUUAUUCCAUAUGUGUUUUGUUUGGCCGAAGGUGAACAAUCUACAAAGACCAGUCAGUCUGAUAGGGCUCGACAUCGGGAUGAGGUUCGCAGAGUUGGGUCCGGUUUAACAAUUGAUGCGGAUUAUUAUCUGUCCCAGCAAAUUCUUCCACCUGUCCAGCGACUCUGCGAGGAGAUUGAAGGGAUUGAUCGGGCGCAUCUCGCAGAAUGCCUUGGCCUGGACGUGAGCAAAUAUCGCGGCUAUGCUGCUACCGGGUCGUCGGAAGAUAAUUCAUUUACAUCGCUCGACUCGUUGAAAUCCGACAAGGAGCGAUACAAGGAGGUGUAUCCGUUUGCCGUGACUUGCAAGAAUUGCAAAGGAUCUUUCGAGUUUAGACCGCUCAAUGAUCCUGAUUGCUGUCUCCGCCCUGAGGGUCCGUUAUGCCCGUCAUGCAAUGUUCCCCUUUCUCUGCCUAGUCUGCAGGCACAGAUGGAGACGCAAAUCAGAAAGCAGAUUUCGCUGUUCUACCAGCGGUGGGUCGUGUGCUCUGACCAAACCUGUGGCUACAGAACGCGAAUGAUGGGUAUUUAUGGUCGAACAUGUCUACGCCCCGGAUGUUUUAACAAAGUUGUAUUUGAGUAUUCAGAUGAGAAGAUGUACACUCAGCUUCGCUAUUACACCUACCUUGUUGACGGAGAGCGAGCGGUCAAGAACGCUGCUGGGACAGCCGAACUAGAAAGUGUCGGAGCUUUAGCGGCUAGACACUCCGAGCUACUGCGGCAUCUGUCCAUAUGUGCUAGGAAAUACCUGGAUGAAUAUGCAUGGAGAUGGGUUGAUCUCAAUCAUCUGUUCGGGACUAUGAAGUUGAAGUAG